ACAAUGGGCGAGGCUGUGAGUGACGUAAUAACUAUGCGUUCGCGGGUUCUGACGGUCGCUGGCGCUUUUGCGCACCGGAGCUGGUUGUAGCUGCGGCCGCGUGGAAUUGUGGGGGUUGUGUCUGCCCCUCGGCUGUAUUGCGGGAAGCCGAAGGAUGUCUUUGACUCCUCCUGCUUCUGCAUCCAGAAUGCUGGGAUUACAAGCUUGCGUCACUGUGCCCAGGUCCCUGACCAUAACUCCUCAGAGCCUUGUCUCCAUCUAGGAUGGCUCCCUUUGGAAUGCUUCUUGGACUGCUGAUGACCUUCUGUUUCACCUUCUGCCUCAGUCAUCAGAACCCAAAUAAGUUUGCCCUGACCAGCUUAGAGAAGAGCAGUACCAAAGAGUCAGAGAAAAAAGACACCAAAGUGGAGGAGGAGAUGGAUGCCGAAGUCCUGGAGGUCUUUCAACCAACCUAUGAGUGGCAGGCCCUUCGGCCAGGUCAGGCUGUUCCUGCAGGAUCCCAUGUGAGAUUGAAUCUUCAGACUGGGGCAAGAGAGGUGAAGCUCCAGUAUGAAGACAAGUUCCGAAAUAAUUUGAAAGAGUUGAAAAAAGGCAAAAGUUUUGUUUUGGGCAGGCUGGAUAUCAACACCGACACCUACACGUCUCAGGAUCUCAAGAGUGCACUGGCCAAAUUCAAAGAGGGAGAGAGAGAGAGUUCAAAGGAAGAUGAGGCAAGGCAGGCUGAGGUAAAGCGGCUCUUCCGCCCGAUUGAGGAGCUGAAGAAGGAGUUCGAUGAGCUGAAUGUUGUUAUUGAGACUGACAUGCAGAUUAUGGUACGGCUGAUCAACAAAUUCAACAGUUCCAGCUCCAGCCUAGAAGAGAAGAUUGCUGCACUCUUUGAUCUCGAGUAUUAUGUCCAUCAGAUGGAUAAUGCGCAGGACCUACUCUCCUUUGGUGGUCUUCAAGUGUUGAUCAAUGGGCUGAACAGCACGGAGCCCCUGGUGAAAGAGUAUGCAGCGUUUGUGCUGGGGGCUGCCUUUUCCAGCAACCCGAAGGUCCAGGUGGAGGCCAUUGAAGGAGGAGCCCUGCAGAAGCUACUGGUCAUUCUGGCCACAGAUCAGCCCCUCACUGCUAAGAAAAAGGUCUUGUUUGCACUGUGCUCCCUGCUACGCCAUUUCCCCUAUGCCCAGCAGCAGUUCCUGAAGCUGGGGGGCCUGCAGGUCCUCAAGAGCCUGGUGCAACAGAAGAGCACAGAGGUACUGGCCGUGCGUGUGAUCACCUUGCUUUAUGACCUGGUCACUGAGAAGCAGAUGUUCGCGGAGGAGGAGGCCGAGCUGACCCAGGACAUGUCCCCAGAGAAGCUGCAGCAGUACCGACAGGUGCACCUGCUGCCGGGCCUGCGGGAACAGGGCUGGUGUGAGAUCACGGCCCACCUGCUGGCACUCCCUGAACACGAUGCCCGUGAGAAGGUGCUGCAAACGCUGGGUGCUCUCAUGGCCACCUGCAGGGACCACUACCGUGAGGACCCCGAACUCGGCAGGACGCUGGCCAGCCUGCAGGCCGAGUACCAGGCUCUGGCCGUCCUGGAGCUCGAAGAAGGUGAAGACGAGGGCUAUUUCCGGGAACUGCUGGGCUCCACUGACGGCUUACUGAGGGAGCUGAGAUGAGGCUGCCGCCCCCACACUGGAUGGACUGGGGCACUGCGAGGGAGGCCAGGGCACUGGCUUGGGUGGGCUUCUCAGAGGACAUCAGGCGCGGCAGGAUUUGCCUUGUGGGCUGUGAGUUUAAUCCGGGGAUGGCCAGCUUAGUUAUUAAACAAAACAUGAAGGCUG